AUGGACACAUCAAAGACGUGGCUGCCGCAUCAGAGUCAGUUUGGGUUGGUUGGUCAAGCGGAGGUUUGCUGUGGCGGACCUGGAGUUUUAACCCCAAACCAAUCUCGCAGGGCAAGUUUUGCCUCUGUAAGACAGUCAAGCAUGGAAACUCCUCCAAAUGCCACCCCACAGCCCUUCAGACAGCCGAGUUUUCUCAAUCGAAGGUUGAAGGGUUCCAUCAAGAGGGCAAAAAGCCAGCCCAAACUGGACCGGACCAGCAGCUUCCGACAGAUGAUCUUGCCCCGGUUUCGAAGUGCCGACCAGGAGAGGACUCGCUUGAUGCAGAGCUUCAAAGAAUCCCACUCCCAUGAAUCCCUGCUCUCGCCGAGCAGUGCUGCGGAGGCUUUGGACCUAGUUUUGGAUGAAGAGGCCAUAAUCAAACCUGUCCACUCGAGUAUUUUAGGACAGGAGUACUGCUUUGAGGUCACGACCAAUUCAGGGACAAAAUGUUUUGCCUGCCGCUCGGCUUCAGAGAGAGACAAGUGGAUUGAGAACCUCCAGCGAGCUGUCAAACCCAACAAGACCUCCUCGUUUCGCUUCCAGGACAACAGCAGACGGGUGGACAAUGUGCUCAAGUUGUGGAUCAUCGAGGCCCGGGACCUCCCCACCAAGAAACGCUACUACUGCGAGCUGUGCCUGGACGACAUGCUGUACGCGCGCACCACCAGCAAGCCCCGCACGGACACCGUCUUCUGGGGCGAGCAUUUUGAGUUCAACAAUCUGCCUACCAUUCGUAGCCUUCGCUUGCACCUCUACAAGGAAACGGACAAAAAAAGACGCAAGGAAAAGAGCACAUACCUGGGCCUGGUCAGCAUCCCCAUCUCCAGCAUCACGGGCCGGCAGUUCGUGGAGCAGUGGUACCCGGUGAUACAGUCCAGCGUUCUGGCCAAGAGCGGCGGCGUCGGAAGUGGCAAAGUCAUCAAUGCCUCGCUGCGCGUCAAGUCUCGCUACCAGACGAUGAACAUCCUGCCGAUGGAGCUGUACAAGGAGUUCGCCGAGUACAUCACCAACAACUACCGAACACUGUGUGCCGUCCUGGAGCCGCUGCUGAGCGUGAAAAGCAAAGAGGAGGUGGCGUUUGCUCUGGUGCACAUCCUUCAGAGCACAGGGAAGACAAAGGAGUUCCUGUCCGACAUGGCGAUGUGCGAGGUGGAUCGCUUCAUGGACCGCGAGCACUUGAUCUUCCGGGAGAACACGCUGGCCACCAAGGCUGUGGAAGAGUACCUCAAGCUGAUAGGUCACAGAUACCUCAAGGACGCUAUAGGUGACUUCAUCCGAGCCUUAUACGAGUCGGAGGAGAACUGUGAGGUGGACCCCAUGCGCGUCCCGCCCUCGGUGCUCGCCGACCACCAGGCCAACCUGCGCAUGUGCUGCGAGCUGCUACUCUGCAAGAUCAUCAACUCUCUCUGCAUAUUCCCCCGCGAGCUGAAGGAAGUCUUCGCCUCGUGGAGAGCCAGAUGUGCUGAGCGCGGGAGAGAGGACCUCGCCGACAGCCUCAUCAGCUCCUCCCUGUUCCUCCGCUUCAUGUGCCCGGCCAUCAUGUCGCCCUCCCUGUUCAGCCUGAUGCAGGAGUACCCGGCCGAGCGCACCUCCCGCACGCUCACACUCAUCGCCAAGGUGAUGCAGAACCUGGCCAGCUUCAACAAAUUUGGACCCAAGGAGGAGUACAUGUAUUUCAUGAACGAGUUCCUGGAGAUGGAGUGGGGCUCCAUGCAGCAGUUUCUUUACGAGAUCUCCAACAUGGAGACGGGAGGAAACGCCGGCGGCUUCGAGGGCUACAUCGACCUCGGCAGAGAGCUGUCCAUGCUCCACAGCUUACUGUGGGAAGUCAUGGGCCAGCUCAGCAAGGACGCCAUUCUCAAACUGGGACCUCUACCACGGCUGCUGAACGACAUCAGCGUCGCCCUGAGGAACCCGCAGCUGCACAUGCCGGCAAAUCACCAGCCCGACCGGCCGAAGGACCGGCUGUUCUCCCGGCCGUCUUUCAAUCGUCUCAUGUCCUCCGACUUCCAAAGCCUGAUGAUGCGGGACUUAAACAGCUCAAUAGACGUCUCUCGCCUGCCGUCCCCUACGACGGGAGUGUCAGCCGUCGAGUCCCUCUCAUCCAAUCUGAACAUGAGGCGCCACGCAGAGCGAGACCUCCGCUCGUCCAGGGAGGUUUUCUACGUGACCCGUCCACCGCUGGCUCGAUCCAGCCCUGCGUACUGCACGAGCAGCUCGGACAUUACUGAGCCCGAUCCGAAGGUCCACAGUGUGAAUAAAAGUGUCUCUAUGAUGGACCUUCAGGACUCCCGCAUGAAUAGCAUUUCCAACCUGAACUCGGUGGGAGACAUGCUCACCUCCUCUCAAGCCUCCAUCGCCGGGCUCGGCCACAGCUUUGGGAACCUCGGCGGUCCUCUGCGUAUGGGAGGACAUAUGCCGGCGGGCUCGUCGGGCUCCGGUUUGAGGCUGAGCCAGAUGGGCCACAUCGGGGGGCCCACAGAAUCCAUCUCUCAACAGCAACAGCAGGCAGCAGCGGCCAUGCACUUCCCACUAUCCUUCCAGAACCCGCUAUUCCAUCUGGCCGCCCAGAACUCUCCAGCUCAGUCUCAGCAACAUCCCCCCCCUCUCCUGCUCGCCCCAGAGCCGGAGAAUGGCCACCAUGAUUACACACCCGCCUUUGGCAACAGUGCUUUCUCCCGCAGCGAGGACCUGUCCGGCCUGCGGUCACAGAGCAGCCUGGUGCAGCCCAGCAUCGUCCACUCGCACAGCUACAGUGACGAUUUCACCCGACAGAAUCAGAAUAAUGACUUCGCCUGGCACCAGCUGUCGCUGCAGGUGCAGGAAUCUCUCCAGCAGCAGCACCUGAUGGGAGUCGCAUCACAAACUCCCACUGGGACGGGCACCCCCGCCUCUCUGGCUACGCCUCCCACUACAGUCCAUCCUGUCCGCCAGUCAUCCAUCGCCCCGCAACACCUCAAGUCACAGCGGUCCAUUAACAAUCCGGCCACCGCCACGCCUCCGAAGGUUCGCCCACAGAGCAGGAACCUCCUCCUCAACUCCUCUGAAGCAAGCUUCAGCGGCAGCCAGCCGAAACAACGGCAAUCACAGCAGCAGCAGCAGCAGCAGCUGCAGCAGCAGCUGCAACAGCAACUGCAACUGCAGCAGCAGCAGCAUCAUCAGCAGCAGCAGCAGCAUCAUCAGCAGCAGCAGCAGCUUCAGCUUCAGCAGCAGCAGCAGCUUCAGCAGCAGCAGCAGCAGCAGCUUCAGCAGCAGCAGCAACAACAGCAGCAGCUUCAGCAGCAGCAGCAGCAGCAGCAGCAGCAGCAACAACACACUCAGCAGCAACAACAGGACACACAGCUGUCGGUGACUGACAGUCCGGCUCCCGGGCUUCCGUACCAGACGAGUGCUGCCAAAGAGAACCAGGGCCCGUCAGCAGCUGCAGAGGAGUCAACUGACACUCCCACGAAAAGCACCAAGAAGCCUCAACAGCUGCAGCCUCCACAGCAGCAUCUGCUCAAACCAGUCAAUAAACAGGGUUCUCAGUCGAACUUGAACGAGCGGACCGUGGCCUGGGUGUCCAACAUGCCACAUCUGUCUGCUGACAUCGAGAGCCUGCGGCCGGACCGAGAGGGUCAGCUGAAGGAGUACUCCAAGAGCAUGGAUGAGUCACGAUUAGAGAGGGUCAGAGAGUACGAAGAAGAGAUCCACUCCCUGAAGGAACGGCUGAAGAUGUCCCAUCGCAAGCUGGAGGAGUACGAGCACCGGCUCCAGUCACAAGAGCAGACGACCAGCAAGAUCCUGAUGCAGUAUCAGAACCGGCUGGACGACAGUGAGCGCCGCCUCAAGCAGCAGCAAGUGGAGAAGGACUCUCAGAUCACAGGCAUCAUCCACAGACUCAUGGCUGUGGAAGAUGAGCUGAGAGGGGGUGCCAUUCCUGAUAUUAAGCCUCGAAUCCUCACAGACCAGUCUAUCAACCACGGCUAUGGCGGACAUCCAGGAUCCUGA